UCCUGUUGCCCGGGGCUCGGACAUGGCGUCCCUCUGACGGCGGCCGCCCGCCAGGCCCCGCCCGGCUCCGCCAUGCCCGGCCCCACCGCCCCGCCAGGAGCCCGCAGGAAUAAACUACCAUUCUAAAAGGAAACAAUGGAACCAGAUGUCAUUCGAAUGUAUUCUUCAUCCCCUCCACCAUUAGACAAUGGAGCUGAUGAUGACGGUGAUGACGAAUUUGGGGAAUUUGGUGGAUUUUCUGGUAGUGCUUCUGGUGUAGGGUUUGCUGACUUCGAUGCACCAGACUACAGUAAUUCAAAGGAGGAAUUUAUACCCACUAACCAUUUUAUGCCACUUCAUGAGUAUUCUGACAAUGUAGGUAGCCUUGCAGCCUUUACCUCUGUCAAAAAUGGUAAAGAUAAAGACUGCAUAGCAGAACUUUCUAGUCCCUCUAAAGAACUCUAUGCUUUAUCAGCAACAAGUGCCAGCAAAGAAAAAUCUAAGUCUAGAGCAUCAGGUACUACUUUUGAUGAAAGUCUGGAAAAUGUAAUGAGAACAGAGGAACAAAGAGAGAAUAUUGGAAAAACAGAGGCCUUUUCCUCUGAAGGCUUUAGAACUGACAUGAAAAUUAGAAGCCCGGAUCAGGAGAUCGGUGCUUGUAAUGGUGAGAAACUCCCAUGUCUAGAGAUUCUAACAAAUGGGUUUGCAGCAUUGGAUACUGUAAAUCCCCAGGGAACAGAAGAUCUAGACAGCAUCAGUGACUCAAAGGGACUAAAAACUGUUAGCACUUCUAGCACUGAGUUGAGUUUAGACUCAGUGCCUAGCCCAGCUGAAGAUUUUGCAGACUUUGCUACUUUCUCAAACCAAGAAACAAACCACUUAGAAGAAACAGGGCAUAAAAUAUGCAAUGCUCUUGAUGAAAGAGAAGCACUGAAUGUUCAGGAAAACAAUAUAAUAAAUAGAGUGACUGAAAGAAUUUCUGUGAAGGAACUGACUUCAGAUAGAAGCUGUGAAUGUGGAGAAACUUUUAUUGAAGAUGAGCAGGCUUGCAUAUCAGAAGUCAGUGUUGUGGUUAAUGAAAUUGUUAAUAAUUAUGAGCAGGGCUCUACAGCACUGGAACAUGAUGAUAGAAUUUCCAACAUACCUCAGGCAAUUGAGAGCUCAAUAGGCACUACUGAAAAGGCAGAAGACAGUGGGAGAAGAAAAUGUUGUGACUCUGAAAAUGGCAAAGAUUUUUCUAGGUCUAAAGAUUUUUCAGAAACAGAAAGUAUUGACUAUAGUAUGGUCCAAAGCUCUUGCCAUGAUCCUGCAGAAGAACAUUUUCUGGGCAGUUCUGAAGAUGUAAAGAAUGGUGAAAGCAGCAGUGAAUUUGUGUCUUGCAGUGAAACAAAUGAAGAUGAUUUUGGUGACUUUGGUACAGCCAGUGGUACAUCUUCUCCUUUUAUCAUCAGUACUCAAGAAUCGGCAGUGAGUGUGGCUUUAGAAGAAUCUUCUGAGCAUUCUGCACGUUUCAGUGAACCAAUUGAUGAAUUUGGUGAUUUUAGGGAUACAAAUACUGUUUGUCAACAGCUAACAAAGUUAGAUCAAUCUGAAUUAAGUCAGACUUCAGAUACUUCAGAAUGUGGAGUUACCGAUACCCAUUCUAGCUUGUAUGUCCAGUGUACUGCUAAGCUGGCAAACGGUAGCGAUAGUGAAUUUGGAGACUUUGAUUCAGUGCCAAAACCACAAGAUGAGUGUGUUAUUUUCCAGGACUCUGAUGACUUUGCAGACUUCAGUUCUGCUGGUAGUAAUCAAACUGCAGAAUGGAAGGCUUUUGAAAAUGAGCAGAAAGAAGGCUGUUCGUGGGCUGCUUUUGGAGAUGAGCAAGCUACUGAAUCUCAUCAUAGAAAAGAGACAUGGCAAUCGCAUAGGACAGAUACCUCUCUUCGGAUUGAUAGUUCGAUGACCCACAAGGCAGAAAGUUCUACUUUGACAUCUUUCCAAGAAACUGCUAAUAGGCAACCUCAAGAAUUUUCACCUUCAGUUCAGACGACAUUGCAAACCCGUCUGGAGAGACUCUUUGAGGCCUGUUUUCCUUCCAUACCUGUUCUUGAAAUAGAAGAAGAAGUAAUUUCCUUAAAUCUCUUGUUGGAAGUGGACAGCAAACAGAUGAGAACUGGCGAGACCUUGGUAAACAGUGGGGAGCUGGUGGAUGUAUGGACAGAGCUGCAGGAUAUCCAUGAUGCAUAUGGAUUGAGGUACCAGUGGGGAGGCUCUCAUGGCAACAAAAAGCUUUUGUGUUCCUUGGGAAUCGAUACAAGAAAUAUUCUUUUUACAGGCAACAAGAAGCAGCCUGUGAUAGUACCCAUGUAUGCAGCAGGACUGGGUAUGCUAGAGCCUACCAAGGAACCCUUGAAACCAAUAUCUGCUGCAGAAAAAAUAGCUUCGUUAGGACAGACGCCGCCUGUAUCACCGGAGAUGAACACAUGCACAUCUGAUCAGUUUCAGAAUAUGUAGGAGGCAGCCUAGCCACCUGGAGAAAUAGCCUGGGUGCAGUCAUAAAAUGUCCAUUGCUAGCACAUGUGAUUGUCUCCACCGUCUGGGCAAAGACCGCGACUGGUUCUGCUGACCCGCUUGUACCAAAAUGUCUCCAUGAGCAAUUCUGUCAGUGUUGAACACCUCAAGGCUUCUUGAGUGGUGCCUCUACCCUAUAAGUCUGAUGCAAAGUAAGUUCAGAAAGAGUCUAAGCAAGCCUUUGAUUGCACCAGAGUCUAGAUUAUCCCGUUAGGUACCAACAGACUGCAUAUAUGCCAAGCAUUUGAAUGCAGCAGGUCUGGUGAACUGCUAAAGCACUUUGCUUUGGUGCCUUGCAACAAUUACCGGUAUUAUUUAGUUGAGCUAGUAUGGUGCUCUGAACCAUCUAAGUAAUUGGUAUGUCACCACAGAGUCAAAGAAUAAAAAGUUCAAUCCAAACUUCCAUUUGAGUUUAGGUCUUAACUAUGCAACUCCUCUGAUUGUGUGUCAGAGUCGUAAGUACUGUUGAAGAAACUACUGUGACUCCAACUCCCUGUCACGUCACAAUGUCAGGUACUUCAGGGCUUAUUGAUUUCUUGGUCCUCCUACAGUGCCUUGGGUGCAUUACAGUUACCACCAUGUCUUGUUGAUUAAGGUGUUUUGCAUUGUUGACUGCGCUUGGAACUGUCAACACAAUAGGUGCCCCAAGUGCAUCUGUACUUUGUGCUUAUCCCUUAUCUGUGUCUUUGCAUUCAGCUCUUAUGCUUGCCACAGCAUCAGAACAUCAGAGACAACGUGGCCAGAAAAAACAUUCAUGAAUUGGUGGUGCGAGUGCAUCCCUUUUCUAGUUCUGUUUUAAAACAAGGCCUACAGAGAGAUUGAUUAUUGCCACCAGUGUCUUUCAGAGAUGUCCAUUCAUUACCUUGUUCAGUCUGAGCUGAAGAAAUGUUUGGGUUUUUUGCCCCAAAACUUUAUCAGGACAAAAGAGGGAAAAGCAGCCGGCUUCUUAUGGAAUUCAAGCAUCUCCUCUUACAACCAGGAUGAUUGAUGUCAACUCCAUUAAUCUGUAAACCUGCUGGAAUUACAGGACAAAAAUAGCCGAAUGCUUUGAAAAAUGCCACUUUCACACUUAGCUGGCAUUACUUGUGCGAGAUGCUGAAGAUGGUGUAAUAUCAUUCUUCUACCCAAGCUAUUUCUAAAGUAGUAGAGUGACACAGUGCCCUUGCACACUAUACUGGCGCUAUUAUUCCAUUUGCUUCGUGAGAUUCUGGUGAGUGAGUCGAUCUUGCCUCCAGCUUCAAAUUGCCAGGACUUUUGCAGAUUACCUCCCCUGGUCUAUGACUAUAGAGAAGAGGCAUCCAUAUUGGGGAAGCUACAUCACUCCUCAAUUCCUGCUGCCUGUGUUGAAUUUCCAAUCCCAGAUGGACAAGCACCAGAAUUAGCUUCCAGACGUGUACAUCUUUCUGCUCUCUUCCCCAGAGCAAUAUAGGAUUUGAUACCCUUUUCAAAUGGCAUCAGAAUGGGCUGAUACCAGGUAGUCUUGGAUGCUUUGAUUGGUGAUUAGUCAGGUAUUUACACACAAACCUUAGCUGUUCCCAGAUGCUCACGAUGAAG